AUGGACUCUGAGCAACUGAGAGAGUACGGACAUCGAAUGGUGGACUUCAUUGCUGAUUAUUACAAAACCAUCGAAUCUUUCCCUGUCCUUAGCCAAGUUCAGCCUGGUUAUCUUCACAACCUUUUGCCUGAUACAGCACCUGACCAUCCUGAAACAGUUGAACAAGUUCUUGAUGACGUUAAAACUAAGAUAUUGCCUGGAGUAACGCAUUGGCAAAGCCCCAACUUCUUUGCUUAUUACCCUUCUAACAGCAGUGUUGCAGGGUUCUUGGGUGAGAUGUUGAGUGCUGGUCUUGGAAUUGUUGGUUUUAGUUGGGUCACUUCUCCAGCUGCCACUGAGCUCGAAAUGAUCGUUCUUGAUUGGCUUGCAAAACUGCUCAACCUACCCGAGCAGUUUCUCUCCAAAGGAAAUGGAGGUGGAGUCAUCCAAGGGUCAGCUAGUGAAGCUGUUCUUGUUGUCAUGAUUGCUGCCCGCGAUAAGGUCUUAAGAAGCAUCGGCAAGAACGCGCUUGGGAAGCUUGUUGUCUACUCCUCUGACCAGACACAUUCAGCUUUACAGAAGGCUUGUCAGAUAGCUGGAAUCCAUCAAGAGAAUUGCAGGGUGCUGGAAGCAGAUUCCUCUACAAAUUACGCUCUGCGUCCAGAAUUGCUUCAAGAAGCCGUUUCUCGAGAUCUUGAAGCUGGAUUGAUUCCGUUCUUCUUAUGUGGCAAUGUUGGAACAACUUCGUCAACAGCAGUUGAUCCACUAGCCGCACUGGGAAAGAUUGCAAAGAGGAAUGAGAUGUGGUUUCACGUGGACGCAGCAUACGCUGGAAGUGCAUGUAUAUGUCCAGAGUAUAGACAGUACAUUGACGGAGUUGAAACUGCAGACUCUUUUAACAUGAAUGCUCACAAAUGGUUCCUCACUAAUUUUGAUUGUUCUCUACUUUGGGUGAAGGAUCAGUAUGCUCUCACUGAAGCUCUUUCAGCAAAUCCAGAGUUUCUCAAAAACAAAGCCUCUCAGGCAAACUUGGUUUUUGAUUACAAAGAUUGGCAAAUCCCUCUCGGAAGAAGAUUCAGAUCACUGAAAAUAUGGAUGGUUCUAAGGCUCUAUGGAGCUGAGACGUUGAAGAACUAUAUAAGAAACCAUAUCAAACUGGCUAAAGUUUUCGAACAACUUGUCUCUCAAGAUCCUGACUUCGAGGUUAUCACCCCACGGAUCUUUGCUCUCGUCUGCUUCCGUAUGGUUCCUGUCGAUAACGAUGAAAAGAAGUGUAAUGGUCGAAACCUCGAGCUCCUAGAGGCAGUAAAUUCCUCAGGGAAACUCUUCAUCUCUCACACUGCUUUGUCGGGAAGAAUCGUUCUACGUUGCGCCAUAGGAGCGCCAUUGACAGAGGAGAAGCACGUGAAAGAGACAUGGAAGGUUAUUCAGGAAAAAGCGUCUUACUUGCUUCGCAAGUAAUCAAAUAAAAAAAGGGACACUAUAAUGAAACCUGUUUUUGCCAACCAAUCAAGGAUGCAUUGGUUUGGUUUCAUAUCAUAUUAAAUAAUAAAAUAAGUUUCCCAAGUUGGACUUAAGAGC